AUGAUCGUGGACCGGCUGCUGGACGGCGGAGAGGGGCUGCUGCUGCUGGACGCGGCGGGCGACUGCGGCCUCAUGGGCAGCCCGCUCCCCUUGGCGCCCUUCUACGGCGCGUCGCCCCCCGGCGCCUUCGACGCCGCCGCCUGCUCGGCCUCCGCGCCCUCCUCCGCGCCCUCCGCGCCCGGCUCGCCCGGCUCCGACUCCUCCGACUUCUCGUCCGCCUCGUCCGCCUCGUCCGCCGGCGGCGCCGUCGAGUCCCGGCCGAGGGGGGGCGCCCGCGCCGAGCGCCUGCCAGUUGAGCCCCAUAUGGGGCUUGGAAGGCAGCAGAAAGGACCCUUUCAAGGUGUUCGUGUGAAAAAUUCAGUGAAGGAACUCCUAUUACACAUCAGAAGUCAUAAACAGAAAACUUCUGGCCAAGUCGUGGAUGAUUUUAAGUCUCAAGGUGUAAAAAGAGAGCAAUUCACAGAAUUGAAGACCUCAGGAUCAUAUAGUGCCAAACGGAAAGGACCUAGUUCUUCUGAUGGACCAGCUUGCGAAGAGGCCAGCUUCGUUACUACUCAGUUUUUGACACCACCUCAAACGCCAACACCUGGGGAGAGCAUGGAAGAUGUCCAUCACAGCGAACCCAGAACAGAUAGCUGUGCUGAUCUGCUUCAAAAUAUUAUCAACAUUAAGAAUGAAUACAGCCCAGUGUCUCUGAAUACAGUUCAGGAAUGGACAAACCCUGUGGUGGCUCCUCAGAGCUCCCCUGGAGAGCAUGGUCAGGACUUCCACAGAGGGCAGGUCUUCUCUCCACCUGAGAAGUACCAGCCAUUUCACGUCAGCAACUCCCCGUACAUGAUGGAUCAGGCUUUCAUGUACCAAUACUCACCACAGAAUCAGAAUGUGCAGCAGCAACAACAACAGCAGCAGCAGCAGCAUGAGCAGCAGCAGCAACAGCAUUCUCAGCACUAUUCCCAUAAUCCAGUUCUGGACUACAGCCCUUAUUCGAGAAUCCAGUCCCCUCACUAUGAACCAAAUCCCUUUGAGAGUCAAGAACUUCAGUUCUGCCCAAACCAAAGUUUUGCAUCCCUGUUAAAUAGUCCUGGGGAACCGGAGACUAUUGCUGGUCCCAUUCAGGCUUCUCCUAGUGCUCAGCAAAGCGAUGCUCACCUGCAGAAUUUCAACAUGAUGCUGCCUAGUGCCUGUGAGACCAUGGCAGGCCAUGAUGCAGGCUCUGCCUCUUUAAACGCUUCACUGCCAUUCCAAAACUUGGUUGGAAAUUCAAUGAACACCACACAGUUAGGAAAGUCGUUUUUCCAGUGGCAAGUAGAACAGGAGGAAAGCAAAUUGUCAAAUAUCUCCCAGGACCAGUUUCUUGCAAAGGAUGCAGAUGGUGACACGUUCCUUCAUAUUGCUGUUGCCCAAGGAAGAAGGGCACUUGCCUAUGUUAUUGCAAGAAAAAUGAGUGAACUUCACAUGCUUGAUCUCAAAGAGCACAAUGGACAGAGUGCCUUUCAAGUGGCAGUGGCUGCCAAUCAGCAUCUCAUUGUGCAUGAUCUGGUGAACCUUGGGGCUCAGGUGAACACCACUGACUGCUGGGGAAGAACCCCUCUGCACGUUUGUGCUGAAAAGGGCCACUCCCAGGUGCUUCAGGCAAUUCAGAAAGGAGCCAUAAGAAGCAAUCAGUUUGUGGAUCUCGAAGCAACUAACUAUGAUGGCUUAACUCCUCUGCACUGUGCAGUUGUGGCUCAUAAUGCUGUGGUACAUGAACUUCAGAGAAACCAACAGCCCCAUUCUCCUGAAGUUCAGGAACUUAUACUGAAGAAUAAAAGUCUGGUUGACACUAUAAAGUGUCUGAUUCAAAUGGGAGCAGCAGUGGAAGCUAAGGAUCGUAAAAGUGGCCGCACAGCCCUGCAUCUGGCAGCUGAAGAAGCUAAUCUGGAACUCAUUCGUCUCUUUUUAGAGCUGCCCAAUUGCCUGUCUUUUGUGAAUGCAAAGGCUUAUAAUGGAAACACCGCCCUCCAUGUUGCUGCCAGCCUGCAGUAUCGGGUGACACAGUUGGAUGCAGUCCGCCUGUUGAUGAGGAAGGGAGCAGACCCAAGUACACGAAACCUGGAAAAUGAACAGCCAGUUCAUCUGGUGCCUGAUGGCCCUGUGGGAGAACAGAUCCGACGUAUCCUGAAGGGCAAGUCCAUUCAGCAGCGAGCUCCACCAUAUUAGCUCCAUUGGCUUGGAGCCUGGUGGGCCACACUCACUGUCAGUUAGGCAGUCUUAAUGUAUCUGUACAUAGACCAUUUGCCUUGUAUUGGCAAAUGUAAGUUGUUUCUAUGAAACAAGCAUAUUUAGUUCACUAUUAUAUAGUGGGUUACAUUAACAGAAAAGAAAAGUAUCUCAUUCCUGUUGACAGAUUUUCAUAUUUCAUACCCAGGUAUCUGGGAUCUAGACAUUUGAAUUUAAUCUGAAUGGUAAAAUUGACUUCAAUUAAUAGAUGCUUUAACAGGCAAAUGCUUUGAUUUGUGGCGCUGGACAUCAUUCAUGUAGCUGUAGCCAGAAGCAAAGCAAGUGAAUUGAAAACUUUUUUUAAGAGAAAAAUGAAAUGUAAAAGGAGAACAUAAAUCUGAGGAUGGUAGUUUUGAAGCUUCAUUGUUGGAAUCUCUAGUCAUUGCAUUUGAUGAAAGGUCUCAUUGACCUUGGUAAACUAUAUAUAUAUAUAUAUAUAUAUAUUUUAUUUUGUCUUUUCAAAUAUUUGUAUAUCUUUGUUCAUUAAUGUAUUUUUAAUGUAUGAAUCAGUAAAAGCACAAAAGAACAAUGAAUUUUUACUGUUUAAAAAUAUAUAUUCAUGUAUGUAAUCACCCCAAAUUAAUGUCUUUGUAGGUGAGCAGACUAGUUGUUCUGAGUGGUUGACAGAACUGUUUGAUUUGUAAAUAGGCUUUUUCUAAUGCAUUGAUGAAAUAUACUAUAUUUGUAUAGAA